AUGAAAGAUUUAACAAUAUCAAGUAGUGAAAGUAAAUUUUCAGCUUAACAAAAUAUGAUGCAAAAACAUUUCUUAAUUAUGGUAUUCUUAAAAUACAAUUAGAAAGUUUAAGAUAGAGAAAAGUGCUUUUUUGUGGACAUAAACACAUAAAUAAUCUAAAUUAAUGAAACUGAAUAAAAGCAACAGUCUUCAGAUUUCAAGUAACUUGAUUUAAGUGAUUCAAUUCUAUUUAUAUUAAUUAGAAAUUCUAAUUUUAUUUAAUCAAUUAUCGAUGCAAUAUUAAUUAUGGUGAGAUUUUCAUUUUAAAUUAUUAAAAAUCAAGAAACUCCAAAUAUCGUUUGCUCCUUUGAUAAUAUUAGAUAUAUUUUCAAUCUCCCUGAUGGAUUUUAAAGAUUCACAAAGGAUAAUUAUGUCAAAAUCAACCCUGGACCUAGAAUAUUUUUUACAAGAUUAAGCACCCAAACAACAACUGGUUGUUUUGGAUAUUUAUCAACAUUAUUGUAGUAAAAUAGUGGAAUAAGUACAAAAAUUUAUGGGCCUAAAGGGCUUUGUAAAUUAAUAAAUAUGAAAAGAUUUAAUGAAAUAGGAGGAUUUAAAACUUUACCUUAUUCUGUUUAAGAGUUUAAUGGAAAAUGCUUAUUAGGAACAAAAGAUACGAAGUUAAUUGAAGAAUUGAUGUAACAGAAUGAUUGCAAGUUACAAGAGUAUCUUGAGAAAAUUAAAGAACAUAUUAUUGAUCCAAAAGAAUCUAAUAAUGCUUCCAUCUACAUGAAAAAUUCAACAUUAUUUAAGGAUGAAAAUUUAGAAAUAUAAGCUAUUGAGAUAAAUGAUACAAUUCAAUACAUUAUUUCAUCAUUCCCAUAACCAGGAAACUACAAUAAAGAAAAAUUAUCAUAAUUUAAUGUUCCAUCAAACAAAAUGUAAGAAAUGUAAAAGAAUGGUAAAGUUAUCUUAGAAGACGGUUAAAUAAUUACAAUCGAUUAGGUUAAAGAACCUAGCAUAAUUCCAUAGAAAGCAAUUAUUUUGGAUAUUGCGAAUCAUGAAUAAAUGUAGAAAUUGAUAUGUAAUGUAGAAUUCAAAAAAACUCUAGAAUAGUUUAAUUCAUAAUAGAUCAAUUUAGUUGCUAUUUUUCAUUUAUCUCAUUAAAUUUAGGAAGAAUACUAUAAAGACUUUAUUAGACAAUACUCAAACUUCAAUCAUAUUUUCUGUAACUAUUAUAAGGAAAGCAAUGAUGAUAUUUGUUAAGCACAUAUGAAAAUCUAACCUUUAUCAGAACUUUUAUCAAAUUUUUUACAUUAAUCUUUUCCUUUUAAUUUUCCCCAUAUUGAAUAGUAAAUAUUAAAACCAAUACCAAAAGAUUUUCAAAAUUUAAAUUCGAUGUUUGGUUACGUUCCUCUUUUUGAAUAUGUUAUUCUCCCAAUAAAAUAAUCAGGCUANAUUAGAUAUAUUUUCAAUCUCCCUGAUGGAUUUUAAAGAUUCACAAAGGAUAAUUAUGUCAAAAUCAACCCUGGACCUAGAAUAUUUUUUACAAGAUUAAGCACCCAAACAACAACUGGUUGUUUUGGAUAUUUAUCAACAUUAUUGUAGUAAAAUAGUGGAAUAAGUACAAAAAUUUAUGGGCCUAAAGGGCUUUGUAAAUUAAUAAAUAUGAAAAGAUUUAAUGAAAUAGGAGGAUUUAAAACUUUACCUUAUUCUGUUUAAGAGUUUAAUGGAAAAUGCUUAUUAGGAACAAAAGAUACGAAGUUAAUUGAAGAAUUGAUGUAACAGAAUGAUUGCAAGUUACAAGAGUAUCUUGAGAAAAUUAAAGAACAUAUUAUUGAUCCAAAAGAAUCUAAUAAUGCUUCCAUCUACAUGAAAAAUUCAACAUUAUUUAAGGAUGAAAAUUUAGAAAUAUAAGCUAUUGAGAUAAAUGAUACAAUUCAAUACAUUAUUUCAUCAUUCCCAUAACCAGGAAACUACAAUAAAGAAAAAUUAUCAUAAUUUAAUGUUCCAUCAAACAAAAUGUAAGAAAUGUAAAAGAAUGGUAAAGUUAUCUUAGAAGACGGUUAAAUAAUUACAAUCGAUUAGGUUAAAGAACCUAGCAUAAUUCCAUAGAAAGCAAUUAUUUUGGAUAUUGCGAAUCAUGAAUAAAUGUAGAAAUUGAUAUGUAAUGUAGAAUUCAAAAAAACUCUAGAAUAGUUUAAUUCAUAAUAGAUCAAUUUAGUUGCUAUUUUUCAUUUAUCUCAUUAAAUUUAGGAAGAAUACUAUAAAGACUUUAUUAGACAAUACUCAAACUUCAAUCAUAUUUUCUGUAACUAUUAUAAGGAAAGCAAUGAUGAUAUUUGUUAAGCACAUAUGAAAAUCUAACCUUUAUCAGAACUUUUAUCAAAUUUUUUACAUUAAUCUUUUCCUUUUAAUUUUCCCCAUAUUGAAUAGUAAAUAUUAAAACCAAUACCAAAAGAUUUUCAAAAUUUAAAUUCGAUGUUUGGUUACGUUCCUCUUUUUGAAUAUGUUAUUCUCCCAAUAAAAUAAUCAGGCUAUAGACCAGUUUAAAAUUUUUCACCAAAAGUCCUCUCUCAAAUGUUUACAAAUAAUUAAUUCAAAAACUUUUAAUAAUAAUUUUUAUAAAAAGUCAAAGAUCACCUAAGAUUAAUAUUUUUAGGUACAUGUUCGAUGAAGCCAGGAUAGUUAAGAAAUGUCUCUGGAAUAAUUUUGGUGAAUGAGAAAUUAAAAUCGAAUAUUAUUUUAGAUUGUGGAGAAGGAACAUUUAAAUAGAUCAGCGAUGAAAAUAUAGUGCUUAAUGAUAAACCACUGAUUAUUUGGAUAAGUCAUGCUCAUAGUGAUCAUCAUUUAGGUUUAUUACAAAUUAUAUAUAAUUUGAGUAAUAGCCAUUAGGAUAUAUAUUUAAUUGUGCCUGCAAUAGUAGUACCUUGGUUGAUAUUUUUCAAGGAAAUUUUAGGAGAAUAAUCUAAAUGGAAAAUUAUUGUAUCAUAAUAAUUUGAUGAAGAUUUUAAAGAUGAUGUGAAUUAACUAAUUAAAGAUUGUUUCCACUAAUGUAGAAUUAGAUAAGGUGAAUAAGUAUAAAUAGUUGAAAAUUAAAAUUUCAUCAAAAACUAUGAAGAUCUUGUCAAUUGCUUAAAAGAUUAAUUUGAAUUAGAUUCGAUUAGAGUUACACCUGUAGAGCAUUGUCCAUAAUCUUAUGGAGUAAGAUUAAAUCUAUGUGAUGGGAGAUCUUUGUCUUAUUCUGGAGAUACAAGGCCAUGUGAAAGAUUUGUAAAAUUAUCAUAAAAUGUUGACAUUCUAAUUCAUGAAUCUACAUUUACGGAUGAUUUGUAAGAGAAUGCACUUUAAAAUAUGCACUCUACGAUUUCUGAAGCUGUUAAAGUUGGUAUGCUAGCUGAUGCAAAAGUUAUUGCCUUAACUCAUUAUUCUCAGAGAUAUUCAAGAUAGAUGGAAAUUAAUUAAGAAAUUUUAGGCAAUGAAAAAAUUGUAUUUUCAUGCGAUCAUUUUGGAGGGUAUUUAAAUGAUUAUUCAACAUUAAGCCAAAUAAGUAAAGAGAUUAUUUAGUUAUUUAAUGAAUGA